UCAUACAGAAAGCUAAGCUAUACUAAGGUAUAAUAAUAAAAUAAUAAUAAUAAUAAACAAACAAACAUAGUACUUAAUUAGUAGCAUUAAUGAUCAUGAAGACCGUCAUGAAUCUAUGGGUCAACUUUACGCUUUCAUUCUCCGUCGUAUCUGCAUGCAUAUGGAACUGUUCCGCCGCCGGCGACCGUUUUGGCGAUUUUCGGAAAUGCCUAAUCAGAACAAACAAUUCAUUCGCGAGUGGAGUCUACGCCCCGACCAAUUCAUCGUUCUCUUCCAUUCUGCAGUUCCCGAUCGGGAACGUGCGGUUCAAGGACACAAACAUGCCGAAACCCGGCAUCAUCGUCACGCCGUCGGGAGCGGCGGAGAUUCAGGCGGUCGUCGUCUGUGCGAGGAAAGUCAACUUGCACCUCCGUGUCCGGAGCGGCGGCCACGAUUACGAAGGGCUAUCUUAUACGUCGGGGUUCUAUGAUACUCCGUUUGUUCUGGUCGAUGUCUCUCGCAUGAGGAAAGUUUCGGUUGAUGUUCAAGAAAAGACGGCGUGGGUUGAAUCAGGAACCACACUUGGGGAACUCUACUACCACGUAGGUAAUGCAAGUCGCAACCUUGGAUUUCCCGGCGGCGUCUGUCCGACGGUCGGAACAGGGGGACACAUAAGCGGCGGCGGAUAUGGGGCGAUGAUGAGAAAAUACGGCCUAGCGGCAGAUAACGUCAUCGACGCCAUUCUAGUCAACGCGAACGGAACAAUUCUUGACAGGGAACUAAUGGGUGAAGAUCUUUUUUGGGCAAUCCGAGGAGGCGGAGGUAACACAUUCGGAAUCAUCGUUUCUUGGAAAGUAAGGUUAGUUUACGUUCCAAACAAUGUCACAGUCUUGAAAGUGAACAGAGAUUUGGGUCAAAACGCAACAAAACUUGUUCACAAGUGGCAAUACAUAGCUCCCAGAUUGCCUCCAGAGCUGUUCCUUAGAGUCAGUUUUUUGCAAAAAAACAUAGGAAAUGAUAGCAGAAACAGAACGGUGGAAGCCCAUUUUGUGUCCACUUUCUUGGGAGGGGUUAAGAGUUUGAUUUCCAUUAUGGAUAAGAAUUUCCCAGAACUGGGAGUGAAGAAGGAAGACUGCAAGGAGAUGAGAUGGGUUGAAUCUGUACUUUACUUUUAUGAUCUCCCAACUGAGACACCAGAGCUACUCCUCAAUAGAGUCCACAAUGAGACAACAAGCUACAAAGCAAAAGCAGAUUAUGUGCAGAAACCAAUACCAGAGGAAGGCCUUAAAGGGCUAUGGGAAUUGCUCUUAGAAGAUGAAGCCCAGAAUCUGUCAAUGGACUUGAAUCCAUAUGGAGGAAGAAUGGAUGAAAUUUCAGAAUCUGCAUUACCAUUCCCACACAGAGUUGGGAAUUUAUACAACAUCCAAUACUUGGUGUAUUGGUCUGAUUCCAAUCACAGCCGCUACAUAGAAUGGUCAAGGAGGGUUGAGACUUUUUUGACACCCUAUGUUUCCAACUCCCCAAGAGUUGCUUAUGUUAACUGUAGAGAUCUUGAUGUUGGGAUGAACACUAAUGGCAGAAACACAAGCUAUGAAGAAGCUGUGAUUUGGGGGGAAAAGUGUUUUAAAAACAAUUUUGAGAAGUUGGUGCAAGUGAAGACUAAGGUUGAUCCUACCAAUUUUUUCAGGAAUGAACAGAGCGUACCUCCUCUCAAGAAUUGAUACUAAUCUACUUUGAUCUACACCUACAUAGAAAAAAAAAAGAACUUUUUAAUGUGUCCUAACUCCUAAGUUCUUGAAUACAUUGUAAGCUUUUUAGUACCGCGUGAUUGUAAUAAAAAAGCUUUUUAAUAUUUUCUAAGUUUUUAAAAUAUACGUUCUAUUUAUGUAAUGUACUAAAUAAAAGGAAUUUUAUCAAUUCAGGACCCGAAAGAUAGACGAAUUAUCAAUCCGGGACCUGAAAGAUGAAAUGCAUCAAUAUAGGACCCGAAUGAUGAAAAACUAUGAAUUUAGGACCUGAAUGAUUGAAAACUAUUACUUUAGGAUCUAAGUUGUCAUAAAUUUUAUUUUAUUUUUUAUUUUGAUUUUUUUAAAUACUAUUUGGUUUUAUUUAACUAAUGAACUUUUGUGAAGAAAAGUUUAUCAAAAGUUAGUAAUAGAAUUAAUAAAAAAUUAAAUAAAUCAAAACCUAUGGAACAUUAGGUCCUAAAUUGAUAGUUUUCCAUCAUUCGGGUCCUAUACCGAUAUGUUUCAUCUUUCGAGUCCUGAAUUGAUAAUUAAUCUAUCUUUCGGGUCCUAAAUUGAUAAAAUUCCUAAAUAAAAAGAGACAUGUUAAUUAGUAUAGAAAAUAUUUUUCUUGGUUGGUUUGAAUUAUCAUGGUCCUACCACAUUGUAGGAAAAUGAAGUUGCCUAGUCCAAGAUUGGGCUUCUUGCCUGUAUUCUCCGCAUUCUCCACACUACUGAUGAAUCCUUUAUUGUUUGAAGCAUGCAUGUGUCUUGUGUAAAAUAUCAAUUCUGUUAGAUUUAUCAUUUAUGCACUAAUAAAUAUUUCAUUAUGUACCCCUUAUUGUUAGUAGUUUAGUUGAAGUAAAUGUGAAAUUUAAAUGAGAUCA